CCGAGUGUCACCAUAGUCAGUGUAGAAGUUGCAGCUCCUGAAGAACUAGAAAUCGAUUCUGUGCCUCGAAAAUCGAAAAGCUGACGGCUCCAAGUUGUCGGAUUUUACAACGUUCGUGAUUGAGGGGCGUUGAUUACGUUAGAGAAGUUUCUAGUUGUAUACCGGAGAUCACCAUGACUGACUCCAAAUACUUUACAACCACCAAGAAAGGUGAAAUAUUUGAAUUGAAGUCUGAGCUGAACAAUGACAAAAAAGAGAAGAAAAGGGAAGCUGUCAAGAAGGUGAUUGCUUCUAUGACAGUGGGGAAGGAUGUAUCCGCCCUCUUCCCUGAUGUUGUGAACUGUAUGCAAACUGAUAACCUGGAAUUGAAGAAACUAGUGUACCUUUAUUUAAUGAACUAUGCUAAAAGCCAACCUGAUAUGGCCAUCAUGGCUGUUAAUACUUUUGUGAAGGAUUGUGAAGAUCCCAAUCCAUUAAUUCGUGCUUUGGCAGUACGUACAAUGGGCUGCAUUCGUGUGGAUAAGAUCACUGAGUAUUUAUGUGAACCUUUGAGGAAAUGCUUGAAAGAUGAAGACCCUUAUGUCAGAAAGACAGCUGCUGUUUGUGUUGCCAAGUUGUACGACAUCAAUGCUCACCUUGUGGAAGACCAAGGUUUCCUUGACCAGUUGAAGGACUUGUUAUCUGAUUCUAACCCUAUGGUUGUUGCCAAUGCUGUUGCUGCUCUCUCUGAAAUCAAUGAGUCUAGUGCCAGUGGAUCUCCUCUCAUUGAAAUGAAUGCACAAACAAUCAACAAGCUGCUAACCGCCUUGAAUGAAUGCACUGAAUGGGGCCAGGUCUUCAUUCUUGAUUCAUUGGCCAACUACAGCCCCAAAGAUGAUAGAGAAGCACAGAGCAUUUGUGAACGUAUCACUCCAAGACUGGCUCAUGCCAAUGCUGCCGUUGUACUCUCAGCUGUGAAAGUGCUGAUGAAAUUCAUGGAAAUGCUGCCAGGGGAAUCUGAUUUUGUUCAGACUCUUACUAAAAAAUUGGCCCCACCCCUUGUUACCCUGUUGUCAUCAGAACCUGAGGUCCAGUAUGUUGCUUUACGGAACAUCAAUCUCAUUGUUCAGAAGAGGCCUGAUAUCUUGAAGCAUGAAAUGAAAGUAUUCUUUGUCAAAUAUAAUGACCCCAUUUAUGUAAAAUUGGAAAAGCUUGACAUCAUGAUCCGGCUUGCAUCCCAAGCUAACAUUGCUCAGGUGCUUUCUGAACUGAAGGAGUAUGCUACUGAGGUUGAUGUAGACUUUGUUCGUAAAGCUGUUCGCGCCAUUGGACGUUGUGCCAUUAAAGUUGAGCAAUCAGCUGAGCGUUGUGUCUCAACUCUACUCGAUCUCAUCCAAACCAAAGUUAACUAUGUAGUUCAAGAGGCUAUUGUUGUCAUUAAGGACAUUUUCCGCAAGUACCCCAACAAGUAUGAAAGCAUUAUCUCAACUCUGUGUGAGAAUCUUGAUACAUUGGAUGAACCAGAAGCAAGGGCAUCAAUGAUCUGGAUCAUUGGAGAAUAUGCUGAGCGUAUUGACAAUGCUGACGAGCUUCUGGAAAGCUUCUUAGAAGGCUUCCAUGAUGAGAAUACCCAAGUACAACUUCAGUUGCUGACUGCAAUUGUGAAAUUGUUCCUUAAACGCCCAUCGGAUACCCAGGAGCUUGUGCAGCAAGUCCUCAGUUUAGCAACUCAAGAUUCUGAUAACCCAGAUCUUAGAGACAGAGGUUUCAUUUACUGGCGUCUUUUGUCCACUGAUCCUGCUGCAGCUAAGGAAGUUGUGCUGGCAGAGAAACCUUUAAUAUCUGAGGAAACUGAUUUGAUUGAACCUACUCUCCUCGAUGAAUUGAUCUGUCACAUAUCGAGCUUGGCAUCAGUUUAUCACAAGCCUCCAACUGCAUUUGUUGAAGGUCGUGCGGGCCUCCGCAAAUCCUUACCUGCCAGAACGGGCUCCCAGGAGAUUUACCGGGAAAGUGCAAGUAGCGGUGGUGGUGAAGCUUCCAUUAUUCCAACACAGGAAUCAUUGAUCGGCGAUCUAUUGAGCAUGGAUAUUAGUGCCCCAACUGGAGCAGCAGCUCCGGGAGCACAGCCUGCUGGUAGUGGUCUUGAUCUUCUUGGGGGUGGUCUUGAUGGCCUAUUGGGAGGAGAUGUUGGAGGUGCUGCUGCCGCACCAGUUUCCCAAACUACAACGGGAUUGCUGGGUGACAUAUUUGGUUUUGCUGCUCCUCCUGCCAUGUAUGUUGCACCGAAAGUCAACUGGUUGCCUGCAGAAAAGGGAAAGGGAAUGGAUGUUUGGGGCACAUUCUCUCGCAAGAAUGGUCAAAUAUCCAUGGACUUUACUUUCACCAACAAAGCAAUGCAGGCCAUGGGCGGUUUUGCUGUUCAGCUAAACAAAAAUAGCUUUGGUCUAACCCCUGCUGCUCCCCUACAAGUUGUAUCUCCUCUGGCACCUGGCAUGUCUCAUGAAGCCUCUCUCACUCUUGCUACUACUGGUGCAGUACAGCGAAUGGAACCCCUUACUAACCUACAGGUUGCGAUUAAGAACAAUAUUGACAUUUUCUAUUAUGCCUGUACUGUUCCUAUGAAUGUAUAUUUUUGUGAGGAUGGUCAAAUGGAUAAGAGAGUGUUCUUGAACACAUGGAAAGAAAUUCCAGCACAAAAUGAAGUGCAAUAUACGCUGAAUGAUGUACCAUGCAAUCCAGAUACUGUGGUGUCCAAAAUGCAGCAGAACAAUGUUUUUACCAUUGCUAAGAGGAAUGUAGAGGGACAAGAUAUGCUCUAUCAAUCACUGAAGCUAACCAAUGGCAUUUGGGUAUUAAAUGAACUCAAGAUUCAACCAGGAAAUCCCAAUAUCACAUUGUCACUAAAGACAAGAGCUUUAGAUGUCGCUGGUGGUGUAUUCCAAGCAUAUGACCAAAUUCUUCAUUCUUAAAUUUUAUGGAAGUUGUUAUUUUAAAUAAUUAUUCCUGCUGUUACAUAUGUUUUAUGCAAGGUCGAACAUGUCUAAGAAUGUACAUAUUUUGUUUUUAUGGCUGGAAUUUAGUUUGAAGCCCUGCUGGGUGCUGUACCCAGUACCCCUCAUUGCAUGAACUUGAACUUUUCAUUUAGGUAGUUAAGCCUUGGAGAAACCAUUAUAAUCAACUGCUCUACUUAACCAACAUUCCCGAUGUAAUUUUUACUAGUUUAAUAAGGAAAAUACCAACAGUCAAGUUGUAAAUAAAUCUUGUGUAUGAGCAGAGAAUUUAGUAUAGAUUCUCUUUAGAGAGUCAGUGUUAAAUGGUUUGCUUCAUCAAAAUAUGUGCAGUGUUGGCUACCUAUUGUUGAUCUGUUAGAAAUAUCAAAUGAACCAUCGUUCUGAUCUUUUUUUUAUUGGUUAGUUGUGUGUCAGUUGUGUGAAUCAAAUAUCUAACGUGCUUCUUAAAUCACUAAAUUUUAUUUUUUUGUGAUAUGUAGAUGCUUGUGUAAACCUUGCCAACAAUUUUCUUGUGGGUCGUCUCAAUACCCCUGUAUUUAGUGUAAAGCUUUUAAAAUACUUCUGAAGUGUUACAAUACUCUAAACUUUUACGUAUCAGAUAUGUACUAUACCAACCUACUUGUUAUACAAAAAUUAAAAAUUGUGAAAAUAUUCUGACAAUAUAAGAUUAUCAAAUUUUUAUGAAGGUGUCAAAAGUAUUACUACGCUUGUGUGGUAAAAUGAUCACCUGUAGUUAUUUUUUUCUUGUGAUAAGAUGCUUCUAGGUAUUCCACCUGCAGUAUUAUUGUUGGUAUGAAUAAUACAUCGAGUUUCAAGUGGUGAAACAUUUUAGCAUUAUAUUGGGUUUGAUGUAUGAAUUAUCAACAUGUUGAUACCCAGUCAAUAAAAUUAUACCAAAUUUUA